AUGGCAAAGGUGGAAGCCGGGUAUUCUCACAUGGGAAACGCGGAAGCCCCAUUCUCAGAUGGAAAAGAGCCAACGCAAACGCGUCGCAAAUUUCUGUUGGGAUCGUUAUGGCGUAGUGAUCGCAAAGUUAUUGCCAGUCGUUGUGGAACAACACUCUGGGACUACAUCUUCAUCCGGUCCUGUAUAUUCUUCCUUCACUGGAUCGCGCCUCUCAGUAUCCUCUACUGCCUAGCCGUCUACCUAGUCCGCCCCUCUCCCUUCCAUGUCUCUUGGGCGCUAGAAGCCUGGGUUGCCUUCGAAACAGCAUUCUAUUUCUUGGUCUACCUUCCGCGCAAAUAUUACCUCCAGGCAGCUGCGACUCACCCAAUACCCGUCUCUCGCGAACACCGCCGUCUACUCUUCCAGCGCUGCCACGAGAAUAUUCCAGACCCGGAGCGAUAUUUGUCAAAAUGGUUUUUGAACGCCCCUCUGUCGGAGAUGAAGCGUGACAACGUCAAGGACUUCUUUCUGUGGGCGUUUUUCAAUACGGGAGAGCAUGAUCCGGUAGACGAUGAGGAGCUAGACGAGUAUGUUGGAGAGAUGGAGAAAUUGCUAGAGAGGAAGAUUGAACCUGGAAGGGGAAGCGCAAAGUGCAUGAGAGUGACUGUUGACAAGGUUGAUAUGUUACAUCGGAGCUUGACGUGGUACAUGUGCGUAUUUGUCCACCGCCCUCACACCUCCACAACGAAACUCCCGAUCCUGUUUAUCCACGGCAUCGGCAUCGGCCUCUAUCCCUAUGUGAAUUUCUUAGCGGAGCUGAAUGUGGAUAGUAAAACAGAGAGGUCAGAUGGAGAGCUAGGGAUAAUCGCGGUGGAGAUUAUGCCUGUGAGCCUCAGGAUUACAGGUGAAGCGUUGAGGAGAGAAGAGAUGUGUCAAGAGAUUUUAUGCAUAGUGAAGGAGCAUAAGUGGAAGAAGUUUGUGUUGGUGUCGCAUUCUUAUGGAAGCAUUAUCUCUACAUACCCCCUUAAUACACCACAGAUCGCACAGAAGGUCGGCCCGAUCUUAUUCAUCGACCCGGUGUCUUUCUUGUUGCAUCUCCCAGAUGUGGCGUAUAAUUUCGUCUGUCGCAAACCGAGGCGUGCUAAUGAACACCAACUCACCUACUUCGCCUCUAAAGAUAUGGGCGUCUCGCACACCCUCUCCCGGCGCUUCUUUUGGAGCGAAAACAUCCUGUGGAAGGAAAAUAUCCAGCGCCGACGUGUGACCGUGGUGCUGGGUGGGAAGGAUCCGAUCGUUGAUACAGAAGUUGUUGGGAAGUAUUUGACCGGCGCCGACAAUGGGAGUCGGGAAACAGGAAUCUGGAAAGAAGGCAUAUGGAAGGGGGAUGGUUUGGAUGUGCUGUGGUUUCGGGAAUUGGAUCAUAUGCAGGUAUUUUAUAAGAAGAAGACAAGAGGGAGGUUGGUAGAUGUCGUUCGGAGGUAUUCGCCCAUGAGGCAUUUUUAA